AUGGGGGAAAUCAAUAAAAAACUUAGUGAUUGGGAUUCUACGAAAGGAUUGCGGGAACCUAUAAAAACUCUGGAGGAUAAAUGGAAACUUGUUCCAUCAUUUCUCCAAGUGAAAGGAUUAGUAAAGCAGCACAUUGAUUCUUUUAAUUAUUUCAUCAAUGUGGAAAUUAAAAAGAUUGUUCAGGCAAAUGAAAAAGUAUUCUGCGAUGCUGAUCCUCUAUUCUACAUUAAAUACUUAAAUGCAUAUGUUGGAACUCCAGAUUUAGAAGAAGGUUUUAAUAUAACAAAACCAACAACACCGCAUGAAUGUCGUUUACGAGACAUGACAUAUUCUGCACCAAUCACUGUUGAUAUUGAGUAUAUCAGAGGCAAUCAGAGGGUCAUAAAAAAUAAACAAUUAAUUGGAAGAAUGCCAUUAAUGCUACGAUCAUCAAAUUGCGUUUUAACAAAUAAAUCGGAUUAUGAACUUGCACAGUUAAAUGAAUGCCCACAUGACCCCGGAGGUUAUUUUAUUAUUAGAGGUCAAGAAAAAGUUAUCCUAAUUCAAGAACAAUUGUCAAGAAACAGGAUGAUUGUAGAUGAGUUCAAAGGUGCUAUUCAAUGUCAAGUUACAAGUUCCACUCAUGAAAAGAAAACUAGAACUAAUAUAAUUGUUAAAAAUGGGAAAUAUGUCUUGAGACAUAAUGCACUUUCAGAUGAUAUUCCAAUAGCUGUAGCAUUCAAGGCUAUGGGCAUCUGUAGUGAUCAAGAAAUAAUACAGCUAGUUGGUUCAGAUGAUGCAAUCGCAAAAAAGAUGGCACCUUGCAUUAUGGAUUGUCAUACUUUAAAAAUAUUUACACAAAACCAGGCCCUGACAUAUAUUGGAAGUAAACUUAAAGUAAAAAGAUUUCAGACCGCAAAUACCAAAGCGCGCUCUCCGAUCGAUGAGGCUAGAGAGCUUCUAGCUACAACCGUCCUAGCACAUAUAGCGGUCGAUAAUUACAACUUUUACGUGAAAGCAAUCUAUCUGGCGAUAAUGGUGAAAAGAAUAAUCCAGGCUGAGAACAACAAAGCGGCCGUAGAUGACCCCGACUAUUACGGUAAUAAGAGGCUCGAGCUGGCGGGCUCGUUAUUGGCGCUGAUGUUCGAAGAUCUGUUCAAAAGGUUCAAUUGGGAGCUGAAGUGUAUAGCUGAUAAAAUCAUACCAAAAGUAAAGGCCGCCCCGUUUGACGUAGUGAAACACAUGCGACCCGAUCUGAUUGCUAAUGGACUGUUCACAGCGAUUUCGUCGGGAAAUUGGACGAUUAAAAGAUUCAAAAUGGAAAGGCACGGGGUCACGCAGGUUCUCAGCCGUCUGAGCUACAUAUCGGCUUUGGGAAUGAUGACCAGGGUGAAUUCGCAGUUCGAGAAAACUAGGAAAGUCUCCGGUCCUCGCUCGCUGCAACCCUCGCAAUGGGGCAUGUUGUGUCCGUCUGACACCCCUGAGGGCGAAGGUUGUGGUCUUGUAAAGAAUCUCGCGUUAAUGACCCACAUAACAACCGAGUGUUCGGAAGAACCCAUCUCGCGGUUGGCCUGCAACGCCGGCGUCGAAGAUGUCAGGCUCCUGGGCGGCGAGGAAAUCAAUCAUCCAGCCGUCUACAUGGUGUUCUUAAACGGCAACAUUCUGGGCGUGACGCGACAGUACAAGAAACUUAUCCGAGUGUUCAGAAUGUUCAGGAGACGGGGGCUCAUCUCGUCCUUUGUGUCGAUCUAUCCAAAUCACGUUCAGCGCACUGUGUACAUAUGCAGCGACGGCGGCAGGCUCUGUCGGCCGUACAUCAUUGUGGAGAAGGGCUACCCGCUGGUCCAGCAAAUACACAUUAACGAGCUCAACAGAGGCAUCAGGAAGUUCCAGGACUUCCUUAACGACGGCCUCAUCGAGUAUUUGGACGUGAACGAAGAGAACGACAGCCAUAUCGCGACCGUAGAAGCGGAGAUCGACCCCUACGUCACCACGCAUCUAGAAAUUGAGCCGUUCACAAUAUUGGGCGUCUGCGCCGGCUUGGUGCCCUACCCGCAUCACAACCAAAGCCCACGGAAUACCUACCAGUGCGCUAUGGGCAAGCAAGCCAUGGGAACCAUCGGAUACAACCAGAAGAACAGAAUUGAUUCGCUAAUGUACAAUCUGGUUUACCCACAGUGCCCAAUGGUGAAAACCAAAACGAUAGAAUUGACAAAUUUCGAUAAGCUACCAGCUGGCCAAAAUGCUACAGUCGCUGUAAUGAGCUACAGUGGAUACGACAUCGAAGACGCUUUGAUCCUGAACAGAGCGUCCAUCGACCGCGGAUAUGGACGCUGUCUGGUGUACAAAAGUGCAAAGACUACCAUGAAGCGGUACAGCAACCAGACGUCCGAUCGUAUAUUAGGCCCCUCAAAGGAGGCCAGCACGGGAAAAAUAAUAAAGGCUCACGAGGUCCUCGACUCCGACGGGAUCGCGGCGCCCGGUGAAAUGGUGGAAAAUAGACAGGUCCUUAUAAAUAAACAGAUGCCGCCGGCGACCAUAAACCCCAUCGGUCAGAGCCAGCCGCAACAAAUCGAGUACAAAGACGUCCCAAUCACUUACAAAGGCCCCGUCGAGUCGUACAUAGAGAAGGUAAUGGUGUCGUCUAACGCGGAAGACGCGUUCCUGAUCAAAAUACUACUCCGGCAAACCAGGGUCCCGGAGAUCGGCGACAAGUUCAGCUCCAGGCACGGGCAGAAAGGCGUGACAGGUCUAAUAGUCCAACAGGAAGAUAUGCCGUUCAACGACAAGGGGAUAUGCCCGGACAUGAUCAUGAACCCACACGGUUUUCCCUCCCGCAUGACGGUUGGAAAAACAAUAGAAUUGCUCGCCGGCAAAGCGGGACUCAUGGAAGGCAAAUUUCAUUACGGUACUGCGUUCGGUGGGUCGAAAGUCAGGGACGUAUGCAACGAGCUGGAGAAACACGGCUAUAACUAUCACGGCAAAGACAUAUUUUACUCGGGUCUCACUGGAGAACCCUUGGAAGCGUACAUUUAUUCCGGACCGGUGUACUACCAGAAGCUGAAGCACAUGGUGCAGGACAAGAUGCACGCCCGAGCUAGGGGCCCGCGCGCGGUUCUGACCCGGCAGCCCACCGAGGGCCGCUCCCGCGACGGCGGUCUGCGGCUCGGCGAAAUGGAGCGCGACUGCCUCAUCGGAUACGGUGCCAGCAUGCUGCUAAUGGAGAGGCUGAUGCUGGCGUCGGACGCGUUCACCGCAGACAUCUGCGGCUCGUGUGGGCGGCUGGCGAGCCGCGCGUGGUGCAACGCGUGCCGUUCCUCUGCCGCCGUCUCCACCGUCGAGAUGCCGUACGCAUGCAAGUUACUCUUCCAAGAGCUGGCUUCCAUGAACAUCGUUCCGAAACUCACUUUGAAGAAAUAUUGC